UUGACCAACGGACCUGAGCAACGACGUAUUUUGUCCCCUUUGCUUUGCUUUUCUGUCUGGCUGGAUUAGCACAUCUGUCCCGUUAUUUUAUAUUUUAUCCCUGUAUUACCCUUUACAUUUCUGUUAUUUACUAACCGAAACCACAUAGACGGUUUUUUUAUGUAAGUCUCUUUGGUGCGUGCGCGCGAAGAAACGAUGGAAAACUAGCGGGUGAUGCUAGCAUGCUAAAGCUACCUUUUCUAUAACACACAGGACAAAGAUGAGGACGUUCUCAGUUUCACACAAGACGGCCUUUGUGGUGGAUCACUGUCCAUACAUGGCAGAGUCCUGCCGGCAACUGAUCGAGUGUGACAUGCUGACCAAAAGCCGUGCACAGGGUGUGAUUCCUCUGGCUCCUGUCUCCAAGUCUCUCUGGACAUGUGCCAUUGAAUGCUCUAUGGAGUACUGCCGCAUACUAUUUGACAUUUACCCCAUCAAGAAACUGGUGAACUACAUUGUGAGUGAUUCCGAAGUUCAUAUCCUCAACAACUGGAAGCAGGAACACCAGAACACACAUGAGCUCAUGGCUGCUUUGGCAACUGUUGGUCCUCCCAACCCUCACCAGGAUCCUGAAUGCUGUAGUGUCCUGCAUGGGUUGGUUGCAGCUGUGGAAUCAUUGUGUAAGAUCACAGAAUAUCAGCAUGAAGCUCGUACUUCUUUAAUGGAUGUGGCUGACAGAGUAGCCAAUAGGGGGCGUAUCAUCUGUCUCACUAAUGCCAAAAGUGACACCCAUGUCAGAAUGCUAGAGGACUGUGUGUUGGAAACCAUUCAGGAGCAAAACAAACUGGCAGCAGGAUCUGAUCGACUGAUGCCUAUUCAGCAGUGUGAGCUUGUGCUGGUUCACAUCUUCCCCCAAGGUGAUGACACGCUGGUUUCGGACCGUCCAAAGAAAGAGCUGUCAUCAGUAUUGACCAGUGAAGUUCACAGCGUGCGUGCUGGAAGGUAUCUAGCUUCUAAACUAAAUGUGCUAGUUCAGCAGCACUUUGAUUUGGCCUCCACUACCAUCACCAACAUCCCCAUGAAGGAGGAGCAGCAUGCAAACACUUCAGCGAAUUACGACGUUGAGCUGCUGCACCAUCGGGAUGCUCAUAUUGAAUUUAUUAAGAGUGGUGAUUUGCACAUGGCGGGCAGCACCAGCAGAGACAGCGGUCUGAAAGAAACAGUCACGCUUAAAUGGUGCACUCCACGCACCAACAGUGUAGAGUUGCAUUACUGCACAGGGGCCUAUCGCAUUUCUCCUGUGGAUGUCAAUAGCCGGCCAUCUUCCUGUCUAACUAACUUCCUGUUGAAUGGUCGCUCCGUGCUGCUAGAGCAGCCGCGCAAGUCGGGGUCAAAGGUCAUCAGUCACAUGUUGAGCAGCCACGGAGGCGAGAUUUUUUUGCAUGUUUUGAACAGCACGCGCUCCACAUUAGAGGACCCACCCUCCAUCAGCGAAGGCUGUGGGGGGCGAGUGACUGACUACCGCAUUACUGAUUUUGGUGAAUUCAUGCGUGAGAAUCGCCUAACUCCAUUCCCAGAUGAAACUGUCGAUACGUUGGGCAGAACUCCAAUUGAAAGGGCCAAAUUCCAGCUAGAAAGACACACAAGAUACUGGCCAAUGAUCAUUUCCCAGACCACCAUCUUCAAUAUGCAGGCGGUGGUGCCAUUAGCAAACCUCAUAGUGAAGGACACUCUAACAGAUGAGGAUGUGCUGACCUGUCAGAAGACAGUCUAUAAUCUUGUUGAUAUGGAAAGGAAAAGUGACCCCCUGCCCAUCUCGACUGUGGGCUCCAGAGGAAAAGGUCCCAAACGCGAUGAGCAGUAUCGGAUCAUGUGGAACGAGCUGGAGACGCUGGUAAAGACUCACGUGGGCAACAGCGAGCGUCACCAGCGUGUUUUGGAGUGCAUUACUGCCUGUCGAAGCAAACCUCCUGAAGAGGAAGAGAGGAAGAAAAGAGGGAGGAAGAGGGAGGACAAGGAGGAAAAAGAAAAGAAUGGCAAGGACUCGGAGGAGAAGAGCUGGAUAGCUGAGUCCGAGAGACUCAAGGGAGUAAUGGAGCGUGAGAAGGAUGAACAGGCUGAAUGUGAGAUCAUCAAAGAUUCACCAGACUCUCCUGAGCCCCUGAACAAGAAACCGCGUUUGGCCACAGAGGAGCCACAGCCUCCAGAGAAAUCUAAAGACGAUGCGCUGCACUCCAUCCACCCAUACCUUCAGCUCCAUGCCUCUCAUCUGGAUGAUGUCAUUCUUCACCUCUGCAGGCACCAGUUACCAGGUCUCUCGUCUGCAUUCUGCUCUUAUCGCCGCCUGGACCAUCAGGUUCUGAUCUGGCAACCUCCUGUGGGUCACGAAGUCACACCAAGAAGAGACCUUCGGCUGGCCUGCCUGGGGACAUGGGCUCCUCCCAUUGUGCAAGUGUUCUCUGCGGUUAUUACACAACAUAACACUGAAAUGAAGUCCACUUAUCCACCCUCCACAAACUUGAGUACUGUGGGCAAUGAUGAGUAAAGUGUAGUUCCAGCAUUUCACCACCGGAGGGCAGUGUACGAUCGAAAGGAGCGAGUAUUGCACACAUCAUUUAUUUCACAAAUAAACUU